AUGGACAAUGCAGUCGACUCUGACAAUUCUGUGUCAAUGAGAGAGGCGCCCAUCGAGCAGAAUACCAUCUCCAGAGACUCACAGCUGACGGAAGACAAGAGUCAUCUGCCCGACCACGUAGUGUUAUCGGUGAACCAGUGGACGCCACAGGCUGCCACCAUGCUGCCUCAGUUUCUUGUCAUCGUGCGGACGCAGAGUGGGCUGGCAUGUGAGGUCAAGCCGCCCUCCUCUGUGGAUGACGCCAGGAAGCUGUUGAGCCACAUCUCUGCUCUGGAUGCUCGCCAUACCAUCAGCGAAGUCAUCGUCGUCAACUCUGACCCAGAGAGCGUGGUGGGAUCGCGGCAGGGGGAGACGGGCUGGCUGCGUUUGUUGCGCACCCUGCUGCCGCCCCCUCAGCCCCCACCACCCCUGGACAACCCCUGGAGUGAGCAGAGUCCGCGGCACCCACCCCCCGUGCAGCUGCGUGCCUGCCUCUCACAUCCUACACUGCAGGCGGCCAACAUGCCGGCCUACUGGAAGGAAGUCUUCGCCAUCAUCAUACCUCCACAACAUCAAAGUGAUCAUCGCCAGAAACCAGGAGGUCCAGAAUCAGGAAACAAGCGCCCUCUUGAUGGUUCACAUAAUCAAAGUUCGUAUACUGGGAAACAAGGAGAACAGACAGAAAAUCAUCGUAUACAACCAUUUCCACCUCCUCAUGUUUCACAAUCUCAAAAGGGGGCUCCAUCAGGAAUUCCAGUUUCUGGAAAUAGCUGCCGUAUUAAUGGAUCAAAUAAUAAAGGGCAGAAAUCACCUCCUGGGGAAGGUGGAAAACAGCCAAAAUUGGCGUUCCCCGUUCCCUUUGGCUCAUAUAGUAAGAAGCCUGUACAUAACACAGUAAAACAGUUAGAGGAGACUCUAUCAGCAGGUCCAUAUUCUGGAAACAACUGCCCUUCCGAUGGAUCAUAUAAUCAAAGCCAUCUACCACCUCCUGGAAAAGGAGGAAAACACAAAGAGAAACAUCCUGACAGACUAACAAACGCGAAUUCUGGAAAUAACUUCCCAAAAUUUACCUUCCCACCUCCCUUUGGCUCAUACAAUCUAAAACCAGUAAAUAAACCUCUAAGACCAGUAGUGAAGACUCCAACAGGAGUUCAAAAUUCUAUAAAUAUGAACCCUUCUGACGGAUCACGUAAUCACAGACAAAUAUUGCCUCCUGGGAAUCAAGGAGAGCAGAGAAAAAACCAUCGAAUACAUCCAUUUCCACCUCCUCAUGGUUCACUAUCCCAAAAGGGGACUCCACCAGGAGGUCCAAAUCGUGCAAAUAGCUGCCGUUGCAAUGGAUCAAAUAAUAAAGGGCAAAAAUCACCUACUGGGAGAGGAGAAAAACAGCCAAAGAAAGGGCUAUUGUGUAAAUUAAAAGUAGCUGAAUAUGAAAGUCAUCAUCCCCACAGACCAGGAGGUUCAACUUCUGGAAAUAAGCACCCAUCUGAUUGA